UUUCCUUCUCGUGGCGGCCAUUUUAACUGCUCUGGGUCUGUUCUGGCUCCGGACUGCUGGGUCUGGACCGACGUGACGGCCAACAAGGUCCGAGAAGAGGCCUUGUUCCCCCAGGACAAAAGCGGGUCUGAGGCUCGGCGACGCCGCCCCGAUGCCCCGCGCCAGGCCUGGGAGAGGGACUGCCGAUCUGGGUCCCGCUCUGCCCACAGACCCCAAUGGCAGCGGUGGUGCUGAGGGACCCGCCUCAGCCCCCAGUGUACAGCCUCUCUUCUGGAGUACAACCUCCAUGUGGCCCUGUGUAGUGUGGUGUGUCCUCCUCUCUCAGGCUCAGGGCAAUGUGACCUUUGAGGAUGUGGCCAUGUACUUCUCUUUGGAGGAACGGAAUCUCCUUGACGAGCCUCACAGAUGCCUGUACCAAGAUGUGAUACUGGAGAAUUUUGCACUUGUAACCUCCCUGGUCUGGGAAGUUGAAGAUUAAGGCACUGGCCUUGUGGAAAGAGCCUUCUCUUUUUCUACGAAAAGAAUAGGUUGUUGGUGUAGAGUGGAGAAUAAGGAGGCAUCUUCUGAGCACAGCAUUUCUGCAAAGUAAUGCCACAGGAUAGGACUCUUAAAGCAGGUCUCUCUCCCCAGAAGGCCCACGUCUGUGAGAUGUGUGGACCCAUGUUGAGAGACAGUUUGCACUUGGUU